AUCUUUCUUUCAUUAUUUACCCAGUGAGAGUUGGUUUUAUGGUGUAACCUCAGUCGAACUGAAUGGGUAUAAAUCACUUUGAAACAAGUUUAAGAAGUAUCAGUUCGUAUGCCAAUAAGUCCUGCAAGACCUGAAUAAUAUAAAUCGAGGAAAUAAUCAUGAGUUCGACUGUGUGCUACAAGUGCAGUCGCCCGGGACAUUUUGCCCGUGAAUGUACUCAACCUGGCCCAGGAGGCCGAGGUGGCGGUAGCUACGGAGGAGGUCGCGAGAAAUGCUUCAAAUGUAACAGACUUGGACAUUUCGCACGCGACUGCAAGGAGGAGAUGGAAAGAUGCUACAGAUGCAACGGAGAAGGUCACUUCGCAAAAGAUUGUCAUCAGAGCCCUGAUGUUCCAUCCUGUUACAACUGUAACAAGCCUGGUCAUAUAGCCAGAAGCUGCCCCGAUGCAGGUUCUACUGAUCGCAUGUCCAACCAGACAUGCUUCAAUUGCAAUAAGCCGGGGCAUUUAUCUAGAAAUUGUCCAGAGAAUACAAAAACUUGUUACAUUUGCAACAAACCGGGCCAUAUUAGUCGCGACUGUGAUCAAGACAUGUAGUAGAUGGCCACUGGAACAUGCACACAACACACACACACAACAGAAAAGGAAGAAAAAAAAACACUGGAAGUUGUUGUAUUUUUUUUUUAAUAUGUUUAACACUGUUUCGGUCUACAGCUGUUUUUCAAAUAUUAUUUUUGAAUUGUCUAUUUAUUCCUCCUCCCCUUGGAAUUCUGUUUUUUUUAGGUUUAGAUUUUGAUCAUGAUUAUAUAACUGCUACUACUACUACUUGUAUCUUAUGAAUAAUGACUUACAUUACUCUCUUGAUUGUGACGUUUUUCUUUAUUAUUUUUAAAUUCAUAUUUUUUUUAAAAACUACUACAGAACUUCAACCUCCGCAGUAUUAAAAUUAAUACUACACAAAAAAAGGGAAAAACAUCAUUUGAAAAUGUGUUAUAUUUGCAUUAUUAUUAAAAAAAAACAAAAAUCUUUAUAUUAAUUAGGCGUUGUGAAAUGGAAAUGUAUCAACUUGCAGGACUUUUUUUUGUUUUAUUAUUUUUUUUUUGUAAGAAAAUUAUUAAAGAAAAUCAAUUGAAUGGA